GCAUGCGCUAGCAACGUCAACAUUUCUUGUAUGAUUUGUGGCUGAAUUAAAGUUUGUUUAUUGUUAAUUAACCGACUAAUUAGUAUUAUUUAUUCUACAAUGAGUGCCUGGGUACAAUACAUUAAAUCCAUUCCAACGUAUAUGGACUAUGAUGGUCAAGCUAGAGCAGAAAGAUUAUCAAGAAUCAUCAUAAUAUUAUUUGGAGUUGUUGGAUUAAUAUGGGGAUAUGUUAUCCAACAAUUUUCCCAAACAAUUUACAUACUUGGCGCUGGAUUUGUACUGGCUGUUAUAAUUACAGUACCGCCGUGGCCUAUGUAUCGCCGUAAACCUUUGGAAUGGCAAAAGCCACAGUCUGAAGUUACAGUUAAACAGAAGAAAAAGAAAUAGUUGGCUGCUGUUUGUAAUUGUACUUCAUAAUAUUUUGUAAUAAAGAUAUGUGGAAAAGUUAUAUAUUUAUGACUGUUCUUAAUGAAUACAAGAACAGUAAUUUAAAAAAAAUACCAUUGAUAAUGGUAAAUAUUGAAGACUUUCAUUAAAUGUAUAUGAAUACACAAAUAAACUAGUUAAUUUUUCACUCUA